UAUAAUUAUAUAAAAAUAUUUAAUAAAAUAAUAUAAAUUAAAUGUAUGAUUUACGCUUACAAUUCAACACCAUGCUUAUCUUUCUUACAAUAUUCAAGUAAAUCUCUGUAGGUCUUUAUAUAUUUCAGCUACUGUGACACAUAUCGAAAAAGCCUUACUUAGCAUGUCAUAUUUUUUUUCUCUCGCAAGGAAAUAUCAGCCCAUAAGAAAUUGUUCAUUAAUUUCAUUCGAGAGCAAAGUAGCUUAAACCACUUCAGCAGUAGUCACUCCGCUACAAAGAUCAUCUUUCAGGAAAAAAAACCUGUUAUCCAACAUUUUUAUUUUGAAUGCUGAUUAUCUUCAUUUAAAAAGUGCAAUCAAUUUACACAUAAUGAAUAUAAUAAUACAAAAAAGAUUUAAUAUAAAGAGAAGAAAAUUAUAUAAAAAAGGACACACAAAAUACUUUCAAGCAUUAAGAUUUUUUUGUGGAGAUAUGAGAACAUGUUUAAACCUCAAAAUUUGUGACGUGAUCAUUUAGCGUUCAGUUUUAGUGCCAAUGAGAAGUUGAGAUGCUUUUGAAAUGCAAAAGAUCAAGAAAAUUUGAUGAAGAAGAAUUAAGAAAUCGAAAAGUGAUUGAUGAAUAUAUUUUGAAAUGAACUUGUAUGUAGAACAAAGUAAAAUCUAAUAAGAGAUGAGACCAAAAUACUACUAAAUAUGAAUGUUAAAAUUAGGGAGCAAUACUUUUUUUAUUUUUUUAAUAACAUAGAUAACAUUAUUUUAUAAAUGUUUUUAAUUUCUCAAAACCCAAAUUAUUAAGCCUUUAGUGUAACUUCCCGCCACGAAACUGAAAUCUCAACUUCAUAAUCACAUCUUUCAAUUCCCGCCAAUCAGUUGGCCGUGAUUUUAAUUCUCCAAUGCUUGGCUUGCAAACGAACAUAAUAUCUCAGCACAGCGUGCUACAAAUGACAGAGAUUUUGGUGUAGUGAUCGUCCAACUACAUACAGGUAUCUCGUUUUCUCUACACUCUCUCUGUAUCAGAAGUUUAUGCCGUUUACCUGACUUCUUACCACCACUGCUAUUAGACGGCGGUUUUUACUCGUUGCUAUUAUACCGUAACGAAUUGGACAAAUAUUGCACACUCUUCGACUUCGCUCGACCAACGCUGAGAGUCGCUCAGAGACACUUGUGUUAGUACAGGUGAGCAUGGAAGUAUUGCAGUGUGCGCCUUAGUACGUAUUUUGUUUACCCACAUGAGCUCAUUGCUAGCGGUGCCACCACCGCCAAAACGACCACUAGUUGCCAACAUCUUACCUCUGUGCUCUUUUCUUUAUUUUUUCUUCCCCCGUUUGAACUUUUUGUUGUUACCUGUUUCUAUAGUGGACUUGUUUGUUUGACUUACGUUGCGUUCGUCGGUCAGUCCAAUUGUUCUGCGCACAGUCAGUUAUUUUUUUUUUCUACUUUGUUUAACUGACUGUCAGUCAAGCCGUCAGUCAAUUCGUUGGUUGUUUUCUUACUUUGCUGUACAACAUUUGUGUGGUGUUCUUGUGGGUCGGUCUAAUGAAUACAAAUGGUUUUGCUUGCUCAUGUCAGCAACGAGUUUGGUGUUUGGGGCACUAGUAGACUCGAUAUUUACCUGUUUGCUCGUGAGAGUGGGAGAGCCUCAUUCUCUGGGCUUGCAUGAUUUUGCUACCAGCUUGCCGUUUGUGCGAACAAGUUUCAGUUUGAUGCCAUAGUUUCGAGUGUUUGGACGCGUUUUUGUCGCGCAUCGAAUGUUUACACAAUUUUUUUUGUGUUUAUUUAUUUGGCUUUGUUUUUUUUCUUCUCUCGGUUUUCAUCUUAGCGCGCAAAAGUAAAAUACAAACGGUCGUGCGGACAAAGAAGCUGUGAACGAUUCGCUCGAGUUCUUGUCUUCUGAAGUGAGAUGUGAAAGAUACGAAUAUUUGUGUAAAAACACAGCGAAUAAGAAUUUGUUAUAUAAAAUAAAAAUAUUUAAAAAUUUAAUACAAGUGAAAGCCAUAGAAAAGCUUUACAAUUAAGAAUAAAAAAUAUUUCGUUGUAAAAAACUCAAAUGAUUUUCUAUGUACAAUGGAAAAUUAAAAUAAAUGUGAUUUAUAGUGUAAAAAGAUAUAGAAAUACUGAAAGUUAUUUAUUGCCGAUUACGAAUGGAUGUUAUUUAUAAAUAUAUAAAACAAAUAUAAAUAACCCAAAUACGAUGCUUUUAGCGUAAAAUUUACAGCUACAACUAGCUUACAACAACAACAACAGCAAACGCGAACGGAAGUCGAAAAUGUUGACGUUUGUAAUUUAAUGUAAACUAAUCAGAAACGGAAACGCCAUCACUUACGGCAACAACGAAAACAACACAACGAACUAACUAGCUUUCUAGCAACAACAACAACGAACACAAGACACAUACAAAAUGAUUAAGUUUCGCUAUAAACGCAAAGAACCAACAGCGGCCAAUUCAACGGCAAACGCAACGACGCUUGAAGAAACGAAAAACGCGAAUAAAAAUAAAAAUAAUAGCAAUAACAACAACAACAACAACAACAAUAACAACAACAGUAGUAAUACUAAAAAUAGUCAGGCGGAAAGUCAAAAGGAUGCUGCCAAAGCAGCACUGGCGACGACAACGAAGGAAAAUUGCCGACCAAACCAGAAUGGGUUGAGUCAGCAGCAACAACAACAAGAGCAUCAGCAGCUGUUUAUGCAACAGUUGCAACAACAGCAAAUGCAAAAGCAAAAAUUGCAACAAUUUCAACAGCAAAUGCAUCAACAGUUACAACUACAAAAACAGCACCAACACCAGCAGCAACAACAACAACAGCAACAAUUCCAUAACCAACAACAAUCAUAUCACUACACACAAACACCUGCCGCCAACAACAACUGCAGCACAAUCAGCUCGCCACUUAAACCCCAACAUCCGCAACACGCGCAGCUGAUCAGCAAUAAUGGUACCCUGCCGCGUAGCAGUCCACGGAAAUUGUACGAUCCACUAUUGGAUGGCAACAAAUCGGCAACGUUGACGCGACAAACCGCCAGUAGUCGAAAGGUCUCCGCACUGGCGAAGGUGGCCUCGACGGCGGAGUUAGCCGGCUGGGGUUACGCGAUCGGUGGCAGCAUGAAUAAUAUACUCAAUUGCAGUACCAACAAUAACAACAACACAAAUGGUUAUUACUAUAGGAAAAGUAGUAGCAAUGAGCACAUCUUCGGCAGCAAUGACACACUACUCGCACAAUCGACAGCCAAUCGGACAGCAUGUGACGGCGUCGGUGAACGUGAUCGUUGCAUAAGUGCAGUGAUUGAACUCUUCCAACAAUUACAAACCAGCUCAGAGCCCGCACUGUGUCCGGAACCUCUGCGUCGCGCCUUGGCUAGUGGCCCACUAGCCGGUCGUCGUUUUCCGCUUGGCUGCCUAGGUGAUGCUGCCGAAUGUUUUGAAUUACUUUUGCAUCGUGUGCAUUCGCAUAUUUCAUCGGACGAUGGUGAUGCUUGCGAAUCGCAGGCAUGUGUGGCACAUCGCCGCUUCGCUAUGCGCGUCAUCGAGCAGAGCGUCUGCAAGUGUGGUGCUAAUUCGGAGCAAUUGCCAUUCACACAGAUGGUCCACUAUGUUUCGGCAUCAGCGUUGACCUCCCAGAAUAGUUUGGCAUUGCAAAAUCAUCAACAGCUCACAUUUGGUCAAUUACUACGCGCCGCUGGCAAUAUGGGUGACAUCAGAGAUUGUCCGAACUCUUGUGGCGCUAAAAUUGGCAUUUGUCGCGCACUGCUGAACCGACCUGAUGUCGUCUCGAUUGGUAUUGUGUGGGACUCUGAGCGUCCCGCCGCCGACCAAGUGCAUGCUGUGCUCAAAGCCAUUGGCACCAGCUUACGUCUAUCGGACGUCUUCCAUCAGGUCGCCGAACAUCGCUGGGCUCAAAAUGUACAACAUGAGUUGGUUGGAAUUGUCUCGUAUUAUGGCAAACACUAUACGACCUUCUUCUUUCAUACCAAACUCAAGGUUUGGGUGUACUUCGAUGAUGCUAAUGUAAAGGAGGUCGGUCCCAAUUGGGAAGGCGUUGUCGAUAAGUGCAGUCGCGGCCGCUAUCAGCCCCUCCUACUGCUCUACGCUGUGCCACAACCACCAUCGGGUGGUACACAAUUCGCGCCUGAAUCUCAGCAGUCUACCAUCGUACGUCGCGCUAUCACGCCGAGUCCUAUCACGCCAGAGAAGCCGAAUUUGUGCAAUACACGUCGUGCCAUUACACCAACACCACUACGCUCCCCUAAUGAUUAUCAGAAUUUGAGUGUGAUACAGAAGAAUAUCUUUGCUGGUCCCACUCCCGGCGCAAUAAGCAACUUGAACGCUGGGAACAAUAACAACGGCAGUACUAAUGAUGAGACCGACGCCUACAUACGUCGCAAGACCGUAGAGCAUGUACUCAGUGCUCAGCAGUAUCAGAACUUGAGCGUCGUGCAAGAUAAGAUUUUCGCCAAUAAUGGCUCUUCCUCCAACAAUCCAACGUGUGAUGAGAAGGAUGGCACUGAUACGUUGGCACAUAAAAUCGGCAAAGUGCUCAACGCGCAGAUGGUGCGUAAGUAUCACUUGCAACUGCAGCGUAGUCAGAGCGCUGAGUCCGGUCAUGUGAGCGGCUCUUCGAAUGGCUCUUCUCCGCCCAGCGAUGGUCUGACAAUGCCUGAUCAUUUAAAUCAACCACGUCGUCGCGACUCCGGCAACUGGUCGGGUGACCGCAACAGUGCAAGCUCUGCAUCCUCCACCACUUUGGAUAAUCCUUACCUCUACAUGGUGGGUAAACGUAAUCCGCCCGCAGUGCCACAAAGCCCCACACGUAAUGGUUUGCCCUACGAUCCCGGUUAUGACUCGUUCUCGUUAAGUUCGACCGACUCGUAUCCACCGAAACACCACUUGAAUCCGCAACUUGCAAAGAUACCCGAGGCGGGCGCUUCCACAGUACUCUCGGGCGAUUGUGAAAAGCUCUGUCAUGAAGCCGAUCAGCUGUUGGAGAAAUCGCGCAUCGUCGAGGAGUCGCACGAUCUGGAGACUGCGUUGGUGCUCUGUAACGCUGCCGCGGGACGUGCACGUGCCGCGAUGGAUGCGCCGUACAGCAAUCCACAUACAAUGACAUUUGCACGCAUGAAGCACAACACCUGCGUAAUGCGCGCACGCAGUCUACAUCGACGCAUCUUGGUGGAAAAGGGCGCCGACAUGGAUGCCAUGCCAGAGAUGAAGCAUAUGCGCGAAGGCAGCAACAGCAGUGUAAAGCAUGUUCGUCAAAAUAGCAAGGACAAGACGUUGGACAAGAGCGCGGCGCAAGCUAGCGUUGCAGCAGCAGCAGCCGCUGCGACCACAGCCGCAAAUAAGAGCAUUGAGAUCUACGCCACGCUCCCGAAAAAGAAAAGUCCACUGAAAGCGCUAGCAGCCGCUGUAGGUAACGACGACAACGCAAUCGAAUAUGAGCCCCCAUCUCCCGUGGUCACUGCUAAGCCAGAGCGGGAGAGUCGCUCGAUCUUCGGACGCAGUAGCAGUAAGUCGGAAAAGGAGAAGCGUAGCCGCAGUGAAGAUCGCAAUAAGCUAACGCGUGAGUUCUCACUCACAGAGACUUUGCUUGUCAACGCAAAGGAUACGUUGAAAAAACAUAAAGAGGACAAAGAUGAGAAGAAAGAGAAGGAUAAAAAUGGCAAAAAGCAGCAUAAGAUCAGACGCAAGUUGCUUAUGGGUGGUCUAAUAAGACGUAAGAAUCGCUCCAUGCCCGAUUUGACUGAAGCGGGUGAUGAUGCUGCCGCACAGAAAGAGGCACCCGCACCGCUGGCGACCUCUGUGGACGACAGUUCCGUGGGGUUACACGGGAAAAACGGCAUGAGUGGGUACAUUUCCGAGGGACACUUUGACUAUCGCGACUCGAAUAAUGCAAAUCCAAACUUAGAGCGCAGCAAACUGAUGCGCAAGAGUUUCCAUGGCAGCGGACGCCAACUAACUGUAGUAGCCAAGGUAGCGCCACCGCCGCCUAUGCGCACAAGCUCCGCGCUGACACAACAACAGCUCCAACAACAGUUGGCCUUACAGCAGCAACAGGAUGCCGCCGUAAUGCAGCAUUUCCAUCAUGAGGCGAAUCUCUCCAAUAUUUCCGUUAUGAGCUCAAACACUUCGAUCAGCGAAGAUUCGUGCCAGACCAUCAUAACCACAUGUGCGCAGGUGCACAACGAGCAGAGUCCGCCCAAGGACAAUAUGUAUCAACAGGCAACGAACGGGCAAUAUCAGCACUAUAACGGUUAUGCGGCCACAACAAACGAGCUGGGUCGAGAUGAAGUUGAUGGUAUACCCGGCGGCAGUACAGGCAACAACAACACUGGCGCCAGCAAUCCUUCCGAUGUGCCACUUGAACUCCCACCCUACCCAAGUCCACCGCAAUCCGUGUGUCACUCGCGUCAAGCCAGCGAAGACUUCCCCCCACCACCGCCGGAGAUCGAUCUGGAACCACUCAAUCAACAAAUCAGCCAGCUUCAAGUGCUCGAAGCAAAUAAACAGCAACGAAACAUGGAAACUCUUGAAGGCACCACGAGCAUUUUGGCACAGCUGCAGCAACGUCAUCAACUGAUGAAAUUACGCAAAGAGCAAGCCACACCUACCACCAACGGCGAGCCGACUACUUGGCUGAAAGAGCUGCAGGCCAAACAAACUGAUCUCAGGAACUCAACCCAGCAACGUGCCACAACCGAUUCGCCCAUCACUCAGCUGACGCAACAGUCGUCUAAUGGCGUACGCGAGCUAGCCCACCGCUUUGAGCAAACGAAAUCGGCAUCAGUUGCCAGCGAACAGCAGACGCUGCGCUCGUACUCAUCACAAGAGCUUCUCAACGCCGCAAAACCGCCCAUUCGUACACAAAUGAGUGGUCUGCCGCCACAUCAUGCGCUGCCAAUGAAAACGGAGUCGGAUGAGGUUGAUUGCGCACCACAACGCCUCCAACGUCUACCACCACAUCAAGUGCUGCCCAAACCGAAAUAUGAAGUUCCACAAUCACAGAUCGCCGAGGAGUUGCGUGAGGUGGAGAUGCUCAAUACAAUGGUGCAGCAGACAUUAAACAGCACACAGACGCUACAGCAACAACAACAGCAAUCACAGAGCAUGCAGCAAACCACCACUGCCAAUGUAGUCAAUCCCCACGUCCUACCGAAGCGCGUCAAAAAGAAGAGUGUCUCUUUCUGUGAUCAAGUUAUACUCGUCGCGACGGCGGACAAUGAGGAGGAUGACGACUUUAUACCGAAUCCGAUUUUGGAACGCGUUUUGCGUACGGCGCAGAAUCCCAACGAGAAGGUGACUGCACAAAUGAUACAACAACAACAACAGAAUAUGAUACGCCUACCAACGGAAGCACAGUCACGCACCGUUCAAUCGUUGUCGGCACCCGUCCAACAGCAGCAACUGCCGCCACCCCCAGCACCAUUGGCUCAGCAGUCGCCUAUGUUGGGCAACGACCGACGUCCCAUGCCGUUGCAGGGCCAAGAUAUGCAACGUUAUGUGCAGCUGCAACGUCCACAACUCGAAGCUUUGCGUCAACAGCAGCUACAAAUUCAGCAACAGCAACAGCAACAGCAGCAGCAACAACAACACCAAUCUGGUACACCAUACCUGCCGGCUGGUCAGGUCUAUACACCUAUACAGGAUCUCUAUCGCAUGCAGCACCACCAGCAGCAGCAGCAGCAACAACAACAACAAUAUGCGGCUGCACAUGCCAACAACAACAACAGCAACGUUAACGGUAAUCAUUUGCCAUUAGCUGCGCGAACGAGCAUGAGCGGUAUCGCUAAUGUUGCCACACAGCAACAUAUGCAGAUGCUAGCAGCUCAGCAGCAGCAACAGCAACAACAAAAUUUGGAUGCGCAAUCCAGCUACGUAAGCAUACCACGCUCACACCACAACCUCCACCAACAGCAACAGCAACAGCAACAACAACAGCAAAGCUACUCCGUUCAACUACAAAAACACCAACAACAUAUGCAACAACAACAACAACUGCAACCAAACACUGCCUACUACCCCGGCGUGCCCGGCUUGGAUGCUGGCGCGCUGCCCUCACCUUACCAGCGCGUGCCCCUACCACACGGCUAUAACAGCGAACAAUUCCCACCGCCAGCCAUGCCCAAACCGCAAAAUCCAUACCCUUCGCCCUCACCCUCACACUCCACAAACCCAGCGCCCUCUCCUUACUUCCCGGUGCCGCAAAAUUCCAUCGCUGCCGCACAACACACCAACACCAACACCAAGGCGUCGCAUCAGAAGAAGGUCAGCUUUGAACCGGGCACUAAAGGUGAAACGGACUCGCUGUGCAAUGGCAGCAACAACCACAGCGGUAGCAACUACAACAACAAUAUGUCAGCGACUUUACCACCCAAACCUUUGAGUCUCAGUGCAUCAGCCAACAACAACAACACAACCACCGCACAACAGAAUGGUCUGCCCUCAGUGAUGCUCGCCGCGGCAGCAGAUAGCAGCGUCAAUGUAACUGCCAUACCGACACGUGUCUACAACAACGCCAUUGUAAAGGCAUCCGCCAAAGCGGUGGAGUGCAAUCUCUGUCGUAAGCGUCAUGUGAUCGCGCCGGCCGUCUACUGCACGAAUUGUGAAUACUAUUUGCAAAUGUUGAACAACAGGCGGUAGAAUGAAAGCUCUGUGGUGUGAUAACACGGAAAGCUCCUUGGGUUGAAUCACAAAAACCGCUGUUGAGUUAACACGAUAAACUCUGCGGAUUACGUGGAGUAAGCACCGAGCGCAAAGCUUUGAGCAUUAAUUUGCUGAAAGCUCUGUGGAAAUUACGUCAAUAAUAAGCAAAUAAUCGCUGAGCGAAUUUCAAAUAGAUAUCUACAAAUGAGUUGCAUUUCAUUAUAUAGCGUUAAGCUCGUCAUUACAUUACAUUAUUUUUAGUUUUAUGUGUAAAAAGAAAAAUAUUUUCUAAAACUAGACUUUAGUGGAAUUAUGAAAUCUCAAGCAAAGCUGCCGUACAAUAUUGCUGUCUGUAUAAGUGCAAUUCGAUAGAGAAAAUUACAUAUACAAAAAUAUAUACUAAUGAAAAAGCUCACCAAGCUACCCAUAGCGCAGGUAAGUAAAAGCUCUCAUUUAUACGAAAGCUCAUCAAUAUACAAGUAUAUUACAAAACUCUACAUGAAAGCUUACUCUAAACUAUCGCCUUUGAUGUCACUUUUGGACUUUUUGGCGAAAGCUUUUAUUUUCUCAGCUACAAAAUUGCAACCAAAAAAUCAUUAUUCAUUGCAUGCAAUCACUUUACGGUUCUACGUAAAGCCUGAUUGAAUAUUUUCAAUAUAAAAAAUUUACGAAAAUCGUCUAAAUUUAGCUUGAAGCUUUCAGCUUAACUAGCGAAAGCUUCUAGUCGCGGAGAAAUCAAAUAAAUCAAACUUACAAAUUCUUCUUCCAUUUCGUUUAACAAUUUAUUUUAAAUUUAUGAAUUAGUGCAUAUUUACUUAAUUA